AUGACCCUGUGGCGCGCAAACUCUGGACCAGCCCGUCUGCUCCGUAUUCAUGCCUUGAACGCUGACACCCCCCUUUCAGCUCAUUCCGGCUUUGAGCACGCAUUUGAAGCAGUUGAGCAACUGCUCGAAGCUUGUGCUGUGGCUCUGGGUAGCGAGACUGAACUCAAUCCCGUGCUUACGCCAACUUCUGUUAUUGGGGGACUCGGCAUGCUACGCCUGUGCUUGAUAAGUCAAGCAACAGCCUUCACGAUGGCAGCACUACUGAGCUCGACCAGCUGCGGCUUAGACAGCUGCGUGCCCGUGGAUCUGCUCGUUGCGUCUGCGUCCGAUGGCCCACGGCGUCUGCUGCAAGCUUUAUUGGUUGGACUGAAGUUACAGCACUGCAUCUCUUAUGGCAAUGACCUCACCUGCCGAGUUCAAGCCAUGGGUGGACAUCGCAUGCUGUGUGAGUUGACCAAGUCUCAUGAAGCUUGGACGAGCGGCACCCAGCAAGCCCUGGUCUUGCGCGCCAUUGUAGAGCGGCGUGCAGUGGCGCAACGUACGCUGAACCCCGGCGCCGUCAAGGCCGUGGCAACCGAGGAAGAUGUGGAAGAGCUCACUGCUCCGGUGGGCUCUGCUGUCUGGGGCCUUUUUCAACUGCAAGAUCCGAGAUUGAUUCAAAAUGCAAAUCAGUGUCGUGGCAGCGACCCGAGCUGCUGUGAGAAGGAAGAGGCGGGCUUCUUGCUCAGUUUGAGCGAGCCAACCUCGACGUUGUCGCAUGGCUCGUCCACCUGUUUCAACGUGGUGUCGCUACGCAAAGGCCCCAGGCAAGCCGUGCCAUCCACAGUCGUGGGCGUCCUGGGAACACUGGCCCGCUGUGUUGCACGCCUACGACUUUCCAACAGCCUAGAACGAAAGUUUUACAUCGUGUGUGUGUGUGUGUGUGUGUGUGUGUGUGUGUGUGUGUGUGUGUGUGUGUGUGUGUGUGUGUGUGUGUGUGUGUGUGUGUGUGUGUGUGUGUGUGUGUGUGUGUGUGUGUGUGUGUGUGUGUGUGUGUGUGUGUGUGUGUGUGUGUGUGUGUGUGUGUUGAAACAAAAAUUCUCAAAGAAACAAGCUCUGGAAAGAUCCAGUAACAGCAGCAGCACCAGUCAACCCAGCUAUCAUACGCCCUCAGAUGAACAGUUGCAGCAGUUGGCCGAUGAGUUGGGUGUUCCUGUUUCCAGCCUAAAUGCUUCACAGGCAAGCCUGUCUAUUGACGUCGUUGAUGCACCACGUCCCAACCUUACCGUUUGGAACGAGGUCAACGCUACAGUCAUGUACCCCGACGAGGCUCUUGGCUUGGGUGUUGGUCGGCGUUUGCAGGGUCUGAGCAUUGCGAUCGGCGUGCUGCUGUGCCUGAGCGUGGCCACGUUUGCACUGACUACGGUGAUUCGCAAGCAAGCCACCCACACGCGACCCCACUAUCAUCACCACCACCACCUCCACCGCCGUAGAGUCGGGGCCGUGCGCGCCGUGGAGCGGGAACGGCAGCGUGCUGCUGCUGGUAUCUUUGUUCCAGAGCCUCCCAAGAAGGAUCCUCCCGGCACUUUUCCAUAUGUCUGCGACUCCAAGACCAUGAACCUGGGCCAUGUGCUCUACAGCAACAUUCGCGAUAGCUCUUACUUUCGCGAGCGCUGCGCGGAGCUGGAGAGCAUCGAUCACAUCAUUGAUGAGAUUUACGAGCAAGUCAACCAUCUUGAACCCUUUGUGCGCAAGCCGUCCAACGCGCCUAGCACCGCGUUUUGCCUGUUGUACACGCUCUUCUGCUUUCGUCCCAAGGAACGCGACUUGGACAAAAUUGUGACGCACAAAGAUUCACCCUACAUCAGGGCGAUUGGCUUUUUAUAUCUGCGCUACACGGCCGAUGCCGACACCAUUUGGACCUGGUUUUCCGAUUUCCUUGAUGAUCCCACGCCUCUCAAGGUCAAAUACGCCAAAAUGGCUCCUGAGGAGCCCAUUGGACUGUGGUUGCGAAGUUUGCUGACGGACUUGCAAUAUUGCGAUCCGCAAGCACGUUUGCCUCGCAUUCCGGUGAUGAAAGAGCGUGAGAUUCGCGAUUGGCUCAAGGACAACCCUUACAGCCCUCAAAGUUUCGAGGAGGGCUACAAGGAGGAAGAGGACGAAGACGCGCAACCCGUUCGCGCCCGUGAUCCUCGAGCCGAGGCCAACGUACCCCUGCCAAUUCGCUCGCCUUCCCCGCCUCCGGUGCGCAGUGGUCGCGACCGCGAUGCCGCACCAGAUGAUCGCAACCUGGAUCGUCCUUACCGCGAUGAUGGGUAUCGUCGCUCGUCACGAGAUUGCGAUGAUGGUUACCGUCGCUCGUCACGGGAUCGCGAUGAUGGGUACCGUCGCUCGUCACGGGAUCGCGAUGAUGGGUAUCAUCGUUCGUCACGGGAUCGCGAUGACAGAUACCGCCGCUCGUCGCGCGACCGCGAUGACCGCGAUUACUACGGCGGCUCGCGGGAUAGGGGCAGCGAUUACCGCAGGUCAGAUGAUCGUGACUAUUACGGCGGCUCGCGAGACCGAGGCAGUGAUUAUCGCCGCUCAGACGAUCGCGACUAUUAUGGCGGCUCACGGGACCGUCGUUCCAAUGAUCGCGACUAUCGCGGAUCCCGCGAUCAUCGACCCCGCUCCCGCUCUCCCCGUCGUGAUGAUCGCCGCUAG